AUGGCGCGGCUGUCAUCGUCGACGUCGGCGCCCGCGCCCCCGGAGCGCGGCGUCGCGGAACUGAGCCAGCUGCUCCGCCGCCUCGACCAGACGAUCCUGCACGCAGACCAUGAUCGCGAAAGGAGGUUGCGCGCGAGCGAGUUCGAGAGGGCGAGGCUGAACUCGAAUCUGGACUACGCACGCAGCCUCUUGACCCGCGUCGAGCAGGAGGCCCUCCACGUCAAGCUCCUCGCGCGCAGGCAGGACAUGCAGGCCGACCUCAACCGCAAGCGCGAGCUGCUCGAGAGGCUGGUGGACCGCAUGCACGACCUCGAGCAGCUGCACGAGGACGACGACGACUACAGCUCCGACGGCGAGGACAUCCUCGGCGAGAUCAUCCCCACGCCCAGCGAGAGCACGAACUCGCGGUCCACGGACAUGCCCACCGAAGACACGGGCGACGACGACUCCGCGGAGGACAUCCCGGACCUUGCGCCGCCGUUGGGAGCAGCGGCGGCGGCACCAGCACACACACCGGCGCCGGAAUCAACAUUAGCACCAACGACGACCUCACAGACCCUACGCCCCCGCGGCGCCGCCAACACCACCGCCGCCGCAGAACCGGAAACAGCGACGUCGACGGGCACGGCAACGGCAACAUCCACAGCGCGCGCAGCGCUCUUCGCCCAGCGGCGCAGCAACACCCUGAAAUCCACCGCUUCAACAGGCGCAGCGUCGACGGCGACCGCGGAGGCGCUGCUGGACCGGCAGCGCCAGGAGCAGGACGCGCUGUCCGAGUCGAUCCUCAAGAUGGCGGGCGCGCUCAAGGCGUCGUCGCAGCGCUUCUCGAGCACGCUGGAGCAGGACAAGAACGUGCUCUCGCGCGCGGGCGAGGGCAUGGACAAGACGGAGCGCGGGAUGGAUGCGGCAAGCCGGCGCAUGGGAACGCUGCGCCGGAUGACGGAGGGGAAGGGCUGGUGGGGAAGGAUGAUGCUGUACGCGUGGGUGUACGGCCUCAUGGUCGCGCUGGUGCUGUUGGUCUUUGUCAUGCCCAAGCUGAGGUUUUGA